CCCCAAACAACCCAUCCCAGGCCCCCGAUCCGACGCACCGCCCUCUACCUAGGCCUAGCUUAGUCUCAGUUUGCCUCCUCGUCACAACCCGGACUUUUACUUCUUUCUCUCCAUUCCGCAACCUUCUUCUCCACGCUCCUUGUCACUCACUCAUUGUAAGGGCCACCCAACCCACCAAUCGUUGGUUCAUCCAUCGGUCGGCCCUUUUUAUAACUCUUUGGUUGCAGACCAUUUUUCUCUGCUGCCGGUGCUGCUGGUACACAAUUUCUGGCCAAGGCACAAUCAAAAACAUGAAAGCAGCAUCAUUACAUACCUUGCAGCUAGUGUUGUUGGUGGCAAAGGAUUGAAGAUCUCAAUUCGUCUGCAAGUGAACCAACCAACGGGCGGCCGGCAAUUUAUUAUCACUCACUCGCAGACAUGACGAUGAUGCCUACCGUCGCAGCCAUGGCCAAGGCUGGGAUGCCGUCCGCACGUGCAUCACAUGCGCCAAUGCAUGCUGAUGAGAGGACCGAAAAUGGCACCUCGCAGCUGAAUGCACUGGCCACGCCUCAGCCUUGGCCUGCCCAGGAUCGGUGGGCUGAGCUCCGGCCUAUAAUCACCAGGUUGUACAGGGAGGAGAAUAAGACUUUGAAAGAUACAAUGGAAAUAAUGGAGCGGGAGCAUAAUUUUUCUGCAACGGCGAGGAUGUACAAGACUCGCAUCAAGAACUGGGGUCUGGAUAAAAAGUUCAAGGCAAAGGAGGUCCUUGUCAUGCUACAAGCGCAAAAAGAGCGUGAGAGUGACAACAAGGAGACAGAGUUUGUUGUACGCGGCCACAAGGUCGACCAGCGUCGCAUGAAACGCUACCUGCAACGCAACAAAAUCGUUCUAGAUCGCUUCAAGGAAGGUGAUCUGCCUUCAGACGAUAUCGCUACUACGUUCAAGUCGUCGGUCUCUAGGUCACCCGAAGGAGGUUCGCCAGAAUCCCGCUGCAGUUCCGGCAGCACUGGUACCCGCCGACUCUCCAGGGGACGUCGAACUUCGAGUACCAUCGUCCACGUACGCACACCUUCACCGGAACCAGUUAGCAGUUCAUGGCACUGCGUUACAACCGAGCCGAGUUCGCCAAGGCCCACUCUCGGCCUCCCGGGUCCAGUCAUAGAUGCAGAAAGACUCCUCCACGCAGUGAGGUCAUAUAUUGGGGGCUCAUUCGCAGCUGGUACAUGGUUCUAUGAUGCCUUUGGACGCAUCCAGAGUCGGAAGGGAGGCUCCGCCGAUUCUCUUUUGCUUGACACCUGGACGAGACUCGAGGUCGUGGCCUCGGGCAUGGCCACGAAGCAGGACGUAAAGGUCUUUGGUACAUUAAAUCCAGCCUUUGAGUCUCUACAGGCAAUUGUACGAGAGGAGGCGCCACUUUUAAUCAGUCGUAUGCUGCGGCUAUCACGGAAGCUCGAACUGCUCCAAAACCGCCAACUCUGGGCCGUCCUGGUUGAAUAUAUUGGCGAGCAAACGUUGCGAAUCCUGGGCCCAACUCAUGUCAUGAACGUCAUAUGGCAGCAAUUUCGCGACAUGGAUGUGGGCACCGACGAAGAAGUUCUUGACCGAGCCUUCAUGCUCAUUGUUGCCGAGUUCGAUAGAUGCUGCCCAUCAGCGACCAACUUCGGCGUGCUGGAAGCUUACCGAGACCACUUCGACACCGUGUCAUCUCCCUCUCGCCGUCGAAAUCUGGAGGCCCAGGAGGUGAGUCUGCGUCAGACAUUGGCGCUUAUGCCAGCGCAUGCGAGCGGUACACCUCCGUUACAGGGCUUGCUCCUGCGGAUGCGCAUAACCUCGUCUCUCGUUGCUUGUGAGAGGGGCGAAUAUACGCGCGCCGAGAACAUCCUGUUUGACACCUCAUUCGCCGAAUUUGGAUGCCUCGGCCCUUGGGCCAUUGCCUCGCAGCAUGCAGCCCUUGGUCAUAUACUGGUUGCCAAGAGAGAUUGGGUUCGAGCAGAGCAGGCGUUUCUUGCCGCCGUCGCCCAGGUCGAGGGUGCUACGGGCUAUCAAAACGAAAGCUGCUGUGAACGUAUGCUGGCAAAUCUCGAGCGCCUCUACACAUCCACGGGCCGAUAUCAUGACGCCACUGAAAUGCGCGACCGUAGAUUGAGGAGACUCCUACAGCAGUCACAACACCUCGGCCUGUCGCGGGGGCCACCCUUCCAGGCAGAUCGUGAAAUAAUGCCAUACUCAGUGGUGAAGUUGGAAUCUCUAGACAAGCUAUGACUGCUUAAAGUCUAGGGUUCUUAACUUCCCCAUCCGCUUGAGUGGCGCGAUACAUUUGAUAUACGCAUGCACUGUCGGCAACUGCAGAGGUAGCACCGGUAUCUGUGCCUGGCUAAAUAUGGGGUCAAGUAUCUCUGUUAGGUCAAACACAAAGUAUGAGUCGAUUCGGGCCUCUAUUUCUCCCCUCCAUGGGAUGGCCGGGUCCUUCGAAAAGAGGGAACAGGAGUUGUGUUGGCUUCCAGUGGUUCCCUCGCCGAGAAAGCGGCAGAGAGACCCAUUAAUAUCAGCUGGGCGGAAGCGAGCACCUCCCCAACAACUCGCCGAGAACUGCCAGGCCCUUGACUCAUGGCAUGUCCCAAUGGUCAAGGUCGUGACAGGGCACAGUGGAUUGGGUUCCAUGAGGGCACAUCUUGGCUCGGGUUCCGCGUGUGCUCCAGUGAAAUUCUGUCAACUUCAUUGGUCUAUGGUCAAACUGCCACAACGCUUGCAGGUAUACACAGACCAAACACCAGAAGCGAUUAAUCCGGUGAUCUUGCUAGCGAUUGGACUGCUGCUGCUCCUCCAGCUGCUCAUGACUGGCUCAAGAUAAACAAUAGCAUUUGUGGAUUGAAGCCAUCGUCUUUAUAAGCCAAGCACAUUUCCCCGCAUUUGGAAAGGUUGUGGCUGACGGCCGUGACGCGAGGUUCAUGUACGGUAAUAUCUAGUGUGAUUAUGUGGGAAUUUAUGCCACAUUCCCGCGUUGUUUGCCUCUCUGGAGGAGUUAUUUUGUUGCGGGAACAGGACCUAUAAAGAACCAUCAAAUACGUACUCUGUACAGCAGCAUGUCUAAUAGAGCAAGAAAGCAAUAAAACCCCAGCGUCAACCCGCCAGCUAGGC